UCUUAUAUUUUCACUAAUGAAUCGUGGUUUAAAUUUAUUGAUGGACAAGAAUUGGUUGGGUUGGCAAAACAUCUCCAGGGACAAGGGAGUGAAGUCCCCCAAAGUUAAGAGAAAAUGUUGAUAGUAAUUUACAACGGUAUGUUUUUAAAAUUUACAAGAAAUAUGAUAUUGAACAAACAGUAAUUCUCAACAUCACAGAAAUGUUCUCCUUUGAACUCCAAUAAGACGAAUUUCGAAAAUCUUAUUAAUCAAUGCAUGUCUCCAAAUACCUAAGCAAGAAAAACAAAAAAUAUAUAUAAUGUCCAUCUUUUUAUAAGAUAUAGCUAGAUGCCGAUAUUAUCUUCGAUUAAAGCACAUAAUCGGGAAAAUGAAAGAGAUGGGGUUGCUAUCAAACAACAAAGCAACACCCACGUGAAGGGAUAACCAAAUAAGCCUUCGACUUGGUCCCUUUCGUUUUCUCCUCCCACUUUUCUUCACGUAGCUAUCACCACUUUUUUCAUCACCGUUAAUCACUAUCACUCCCACAACCUUCUCCUUAACCUUAUCCCAUCCACACCACACUUUUGAAGCCUUUUAUUUUCAAAUUUUCAAUAGAAUAACUUCUUUACUUUUUGCUUUAAUAAAAGUGUUUGUAGUAUGAGUAGCUACCCAAAUAAGAUAUAUAUAAUACUAACAAGAGAAGCACACAAUUUCGACGUCAAGUUGUAAAAGUCAGGAAAUUAAAUUCGUAGUGAGCAUUCAAUUAAUGUUGCAACUUAUUUCAACUCUGAUGCAAAGAUUGACCAACCGAAUCAAGUCUUGACUUUGUAAGAGAGAGAGACAAAAUUGAUUCUUAGGGAGUUUUUAGCGGAAUAUAAGAAUCCGUCUCUUAACUAAAAAAGUUAAGAACCAAUUCUUAAAACUCUUAUUUAAGAGUCGGUUCCUAACUUUUUUUUAAUUAAAAGUUAAGAGACAGGUUCUUAUAUUCUCAAACUAAGCUAUUAUGCCUAUUUCUUUUGAAGCUUCUAACGUGAACUAACAAUUAGAUAAUAAAUAAUUAGAGAUAUAGUUACUCGGUAAUUGCUUUAAGUAAGCUUUCAUUUCUAUAAAUUUGUGUGUUAUAUUCUAAGGGGUUAUUUAAAACGAAUAUGUGUAUUAGUUGCACAGAAAUAAUUUAUUAGGGUGAGAUUCAUUUUUUCUUAAACAUUUACCAAAAGUAUUCAUUUUUACAAUCGCUUUUUGUCCUUCUUCGUCAGCCUAUCAACCUUUAUAGCACAAGCACACACGCACUAAUGAACCAACUGGCUUGAUUGAAGAAGGGGGAAAACUGUGUAUAGGUUACCUAUCUCUGUGUUCAAAAAAAAAAAAAAAGUUACCUAUCUCUCUCUCUCUCUCUUCAAUCUAAUGUUUCCUUCAAUAGACACCAAUGGCCAUGACCUCUUUGAUCCCUUCAAUCUCCAUGAAGCAACCAUGUUUCCUUCUUUCACUACUCAUAUCCUAAGCCCUAGUUCUCACCAUCAUUACCCUUUUCCUUCUUUUCCUUCCUCUUCAGAUUUUCUUGAUGAAUCUGUCUUGAUAAGCCAAUUCUUGUUACAACAGCAAGCUAAUGUUGAUUCUCCGAGAAAAUUAUGCAAGGAGCUUGAGCAAGAAAAAAAGAAUGAGGAGUGGGUUGAUGGAACCACCUCAGAAAAGGUUUCACCAAGAAGAACUGGAAAGAAAAGGGACAGGCAUAGUAAGAUCUGCACCGCUCAUGGUCCUAGAGACAGGAGGAUGAGACUGUCUCUCCAGAUUGCUCGCAAAUUCUUUGAUCUUCAAGACAUGUUGGGUUUCGACAAGGCUAGCAAGACCAUUGAAUGGCUUAUCUCCAAAUCAAAGGCCUCCAUCAAACAAGUGAAAGAAAGUGCAGCAGCAGCAGCAUCAGGAAACCAUGAACAUCUUCAGGUUAGUGACAAUGUAAAUGACAAGACACAGAAAGUCUCAAAGGGAAGAACAAAGAGGGUGGAUGACUCUUGUAAGAAGAAAGAGUCGAGAGAGAAAGCUAGAGAACGAGCAAGAGAGAGAACAAUGACGAAGAUGAAGAUGAGAUUAUCAGGACCGAUUGACACCUCGAAAACAUUUGCAGAUCCUAAUCAAGAGUCAAGAAAGACUAAGAUAACCGGUGGUGCACAAGUAGAAGGAGAAAACCUAGAACAAGAAAGGAGUAUUAUAGAGAAGUUUCUUGGACUAACCAGUGAAUCUAGCUCCUCUACCAUCUUUGGAGACUCCGAGGAAUCUUACACAAGUCUUGGCUCAAUUAGAGAAACAGUUUCAACAGGAGGAAUGGUGAUACCAAGGGAACAUAACACAACUUUAACAGCAUCAGUAGAUGAGGAGAGAAACCCUAUUUCAACUUUUUCUCUAUACGAUUAUCUCUGCUACUGACGAUCAUGAUGCUCCGUUCUUAUAAGGUAUUUGGAGUUUCUAUAUGCAUCCACAUAAGAGCCUCAUGAGCCAAAUCUUUCGCAUAUAUAUAAUUAUAAAUGUAGACGUGUGUGUGGGUUUUGAUUGCUAAUUUGGCUGAGGCUUUGGACUGCUUGAUUGAUGGAGAAACUUAUAUUCAAUAUUUGUGGUUUUAAAUAAUUAAUUAUUUAGCAUGUUUC